AAAGUGUAUUGUUUGUGGAAAUCUAUAUAUAUGAAAAAAAAACAAAAACAAACACAAAUAAAUACAUACAUACAUUGGCGACUACAACCGAAUGGUCAUUCGACCGGCCGAUCUGCUAACGACAACGAACGCAUAUCGCUGAAGACGGACGUUUGUGAUGGCUGAAAAAAUUAGCACCGAUCAUUAGCUUGGUAGUGCGCAAACGGGUGUGAAGUCCGAAAAAAAAGUUAUGCGAAUAACGCGAAUGCGAUCGCGUACGCAAAGGUGACCGCAAAGUGAUCAAAAUGAGCUAAAUAGCCACACAAAAAAAACCACAACAAAAAAACACAUAGAAAAUUACCAAAAUAUUCAAAACAAUAGAAACAAGCGUCAAGCUACCGAAAAUACUAAGAAUAUUUAAUAAUUAAAUAAGGAUCUACGUAGUUAUAUAAAGUAAUAUAAGUGCAAUAAGUUAGCGAGUUAACUCAUAUUUACAAAAAAGUGUGUGGAAAAUUAUAGUGUGCGCUGAGCAAUAAAUAGGAUACACAACUGCAACAGGGACGUCAGUCAUUUCUUUUGGAGCGAAGAAAGCAAAAAGAAAUUCUACAGUUCCAACAGAACACGAUGACCACCUCACAUAUUUUGUCUGCUGCCGAUCCCGCCGGCAUGAAUGGUGCUAGCAAUCAUAGUAAUAGCAAUAACAACAUCAAUAAUAUGACGGGCGUUAAUGCCGACAACAACAGUGUUGGCGGCGCACUUCACAAUGGUACCAACAACACUAACGGCGGCGGCCAUUCGGGGGCUCACUCGCCGCAUCACGCACACCACAACAUGGCGGCCAACAGUAGUGGCAGCAAUGGGGUCAAUGUUGGCAACACCGGCGGCAUGAGCGGCAGCAUGAACCAACUCGGCGGAUCGCUGGCGGCGAACCGCAGCCCGGGCAUGGAGAGAAAUCUGCAUGUCAGUCUCGAUGACCGCGAAUUGUGGUUGCGCUUUCAGAAUCUCACCAACGAAAUGAUCGUUACAAAGAAUGGCAGACGCAUGUUUCCGGUGGUCAAGAUUAGCACUUCUGGCUUGGAUCCAGCUGCAAUGUAUACAGUUUUGCUGGAGUUCGUGCAGGUGGACACACAUCGCUGGAAGUAUGUCAACGGCGAGUGGGUACCCGGCGGCAAGGCAGAGGUUCCACCCGCAAACCCCAUCUAUGUGCAUCCCGAGUCGCCGAACUUCGGUGCGCACUGGAUGAAAGAACCGAUUUCGUUUGCCAAGGUGAAGUUAACGAACAAAACCAAUGGCAAUGGUCAGAUUAUGCUAAAUUCGUUGCACAAAUAUGAGCCACGUGUGCAUUUGGUGCGCGUGGGCUCAGAGCAGCGUCACGUGGUCACAUAUGCAUUCCCAGAGACACAAUUCAUUGCUGUUACCGCAUAUCAAAAUGAAGAGGUUACAUCUUUGAAAAUCAAAUACAAUCCGUUUGCAAAAGCUUUUUUGGAUGCCAAGGAGCGUCCGGAUACAUUGUAUUCACAUGAGGCACCAUACGGCUGGCUAAUACCGCCGCCAACACAUUAUACAAGCGUUGCACAGGCACCACCUCCACCGCCACCCAGCUUGGCCGUGUCGAACACUCCAUUGGGUAUGAGUUGUGAUCGUUAUGGGCGCGCGCUUAACACUCGCGGUAUGGCUACACAUAGUGCUCGCGCCUCACCGUACGCUCGACCGCGUCUCGCCUCGAGCACACCUGGCACAAGCUCGCCAGGUCCUGUAGGUGCGGGCGUAAUUAAUGGCAGCGCUGGUAGUGCUUCGCCGCCGCAGCAGCCGCCAUCGGCACCGCACACACCCACCAGCAUGCAGUCCACACACACUAACAAUAUGAGUGCUGGCGCCAGUAAUGCUGGUUUGACUAGUUCCGCGAGCGCGGUCGGCACUUUUUCAGGAUUUACCAGUUCCUAUUCGCAAUCCAGUUUUAUGCCGGUGGAGCCGAGCUCUUCGAUGUUUUCAUAUGCCGGCAGUUGGCAAAGCAACGGUGGCUAUUGGGGCACACCGGCGGCGGUGCCAGCUGUACCACCAACAGCGGUGCCGGUAAAUGUCACUCAAAACAGUAGCAACGGCAGCGGCAGUAUUGCCCGUUCGAUGUCUGCACAUAAUUCACCAUCUCCCACUAACGGUGCUUCACCAAACUACACGAGUCCUUCCCCUGGUUAUACUAUUCACCAUCUGACAUCGCAUCCUUCUCAUCAGUACAAUGUUGCACAAUCGGCGGCGGUAGCGGCACAUGCAGCGGAUAUGUAUCAAAGCGCCGCACCCACACAGUCAUACGCCGCGCCGCCAACACAUCAGGUCUAUCAUCCCACGCCCACAUCGCCACCCCAUCAGUUGUACACGAAUGUGCUGAAUGCACCAACGGCGUUAAGUUAUGCCGGCGGCUCGUGGCAUAAUGGCGGUGGCGCUGAGUAUGGAUUGUAUCAGAAUGCGGCUUAUGGCUACCAGCCGGAGUAUAUACCUUUAGUCUCGGACUUGGGUUUUUAUUGAUAUCCUCCUCCUACUCACCCACCAACAACCCUAAAUCCCCGUCCGUCUUUCACCAAUUUAUCUUAUGCACCAGCAGCUAUACCACGCAUCCGCUAGAGCCCGUCGAAGUUCCUAAAUCGUUCGAAGACUCACAAGCCGCCAUAUACAAGUCACCACAUCAGACGGGCGGCGAUGGCGCUGGAAGCUCAGUACUAACAUUGGAAUGCACCAAUUUGAAGGAACAUUCGUCCUCCGUCGCCGUGAAAUUGGAAACGCUAGACGCUAGUGUAGUUGCGGCUAGUCACGAGCGUGGCGCCGCGGUCGCAACUGCUGCCGAAGUUGUCGCUGCCACAGCCAGCCAAAAUACGCCAAGCGGAGCCUGGACACCGCUCACACCACCACAGAGCGCGUUGCAAUAAAAUAAUCGUAUGUGGAUGCAAAGCCUUCAGAAGCCAUUUUGUUCAAAUUUGUUGUAUUAAACUAUUUUUAGAAUUUUAGCGGAAUGAUCAAUAAACUUCUGUUUAUCGUGUUUAUAAUUUAACUUAGUUUAGUCCUUAACAUGUAUAUAUAGACGAUUGAUUAAUAAAUAGAUAUUAGAUGCUACAAAAACACUUUCGAAGCGUCGUAAUUGUUUUCUAAUAAGUUAGUUAAGCAUCGUUUGUCUCUGUGCUGAACAUUCUCCUACUCUUCAACAAAUAAGAAUAGCGUUAAGUCGUUACCAAACGGCUGCUAAGACUUGCCAGCAGGCACAAAGCUUUUUCAUGACUUUGCAAGAGAAACACUCGCAUACUUGAGAUUGCUUGUCGAGUAGUGUACACUAGGGUGGAGCGAAAAAAAAGUUGUUUUUGCUUAGUCUGAGGGUAAAAUUUGUAGAUAAUAAAAAAGGAAAUUUUUGGAAAAUAAAUAUAAAAUUUUUUAACAUCUAGAGGUAAAGUAAAUUUCGAGUUAAACUUUUUUUUCGC